AUGCUCCGCCCAGUUGGCAUCAUGCCGGUGUUCCCCGAGCUUGGAGACAGAUCGGCGCCCGCCUCCCAGCCUGGCUCCGAGCGGGGCCCCCUGGCUGGCUCGAGGUCUGCCUCUCGGCCUGAAGACACAGCCGGCUCUCUGAAACACGAGCCUGGCUCUGCCACGCCCGGCGCCCCGACCGUCUCGGAGCCUGGCGCCCUGCAGCGCGAGCCCGGCGCCGAGAACGGCUCCUGCCGGGGCGCCGAGCCUGGCGCCAUCCAGCCCGUCUUCGAGACUGCUGAGAAAGGCCCUCGUUUCGUUCUCCUCGCACCGUGGGCUAUCUCGUGGACGGUAGCUGAUGCUCUCAGAAGAGUUGCCCUCAUGCGAUUUGCGGUAUAUCCCGUCCCGACAAGGUCUCGCUUGCAUUUUGCGGCUGGCACUGGCAACCAGGGGCUCUGGGCAUAA